GGGGCUGUCGGCCGGUGUGUGUCCGCUGUGUUCCCGUGUGUUUCUGUGUGUUUAGCUGCUCUGUUUCUUAUUCUAGGAGUUGAUAUUCUGGAGGACAAGGGGCCGAUGUAACUUGGACCCACCGACGCCUGCUCGCUGUCAGGGCUUUUUUUCUUGACUCUUGUAAAAAGAUGGCGUCUUUCGGGACUGUUGGAGCCCGAUUCGAGCCGUGCCCCCGGCCCCUGCCGCCCCUCGGCCGCCGUGUUUUUUUUUAAUCUUUGAUGGAAGUUGUUAUCAGCGUGGCUGCUGGCUGCGUUAGCUCCGCGCGGCUAACAGGAUGGUUAGCAUUAGCGGCUACGGCUAACGUUAUCCACUUGUUCUCAGCCUCAGACGGAGCAAUGUCGGACGGUUUUUUUCACACCGAAACACCGAAAAACAGCCCGUAAACCGCGACGGUUCUCCCAAACAGGCGGCCGGGGGGCUCUCCGAGGGGGGACCGAGCGUCCACAGGGCCGCAGAGGCUUAAUAACACGGUUAUAAAACAUUAAUUUGUCUGCCCGAAACAAAAACCCACUUUUCAGUGUUUGAACUCCCGCAGCAGAAGAAGAAGAAGCACUUGGCGGCUUUCAUCUUGAAACCCUCCAUUUUAGCUUCAUUUCUUCCCUUUUUGGGCCCUCUGCGGAGGCACGCGGGGCUGCUCGGGGAAGUUUAUCCCGACAACUUGGCGUCCCACCCGGGGAGCAAUUACUCCAAUUAACCGGCGGCCUCCACAGCCCGCUAACAGCCGCCGAGCACCUCCGCUCAGGUGCUGCACGUAUGGACGCUUCUCAGGUGGACCGGGACCCCCCACCCCAACACUACAGGUCCCAGUACUCAGGGCCCCCAGCUCGCGCUGCAGGCUGGAGCACAAAGGCAGCACAGAGGGGUGGAGUCCGGUCCCACAGCCAGGUGCACCACUUUAAUGCUUCAGUUGGAUGGUUUUCCUACUGGAGACAGUGUUCAGGCUGAUCGAUCGGCUGGCAGACUGACUGGAUCCAUGAUGGAAUUACAGACGUUACAGGAGGCCCUGAAGGUGGAGAUCCAGAUCCAUCAGAAACUGGUUGCUCAGAUGAAGCAGGACCCUCAGAACGCAGAUCUGAAGAAGCAGCUCCACGAACUUCAAGCAAAGAUCACAGCGCUCAGCGAGAAGCAGAAAAAGGUGGUGGAGCAGCUGAGGAAGGAGCUGCUGGUGAAGCAGGAGCCGGAGGCCAAGCUGCAGCUGCAGGUCCAAACUCCUCCAGGAGGAGGAGACAUCAAGCCGGCCAACCCACUGCAGAGCCAGCAGAUAGCUGGAGCGCUGCAGCAGACGCUGACAGUGACGCCGGUCCUCACCACAAAGACGCUGGUGCUGAAAGCUGCCCCCGGCACCGUCCUGCCGCAGCGCCCGCCCACCGUCGCUAUGGUAACCACAGCUAUCACCAAACCCGACUCGCAGAACGCCCCCAUCAACCUCCAGGUGGCCGGCAAGCUGACCAAUCAGAGCUCGGAGCCCAUGCGGCUGGUGUCCAAGAACGCCAUGGUGGUGCAGGCCGCCGCCCAGCCAAUCAAAGUUCCUCAGUUUGUCCCGCCUCCUAGACUGACGCCUCGACCCGCCUUUCAGCCACAGGUCCGGCCAAAGCUGACCACGCCCACCAAUGUCCCUAUUGCACCGGCCCCUCCCCCACCCAUGAUGGCGGCCCCCCAGUUGCUGCAGCGGCCCGUCAUGUUGGCCACUAAGCUCUCGUCCUCGCUGUCGUCGUCGGCGCCCAUCCACCAGGUCCGCAUCGUCAACGGCCAGCCCUGCAGCAAGACCGGUGCCGCCCCGCUGACGGGCAUCGUCAUCACCACGCCAGUCUCCGCUGCACCCACCCGCCUCGCCAGCCCCGCCCAGGUGCCCCUGCCCACCCCCGUCCCCACUCAGACUCCGGUCCAGCCGAUCCAGAUCAGCAGCCUGACCACUGAGCCCAAGCAGACUGUUAAACCGGGAGGAACAGAGCAGCACGCCGUCGUCAGCCUCCCGUCCUCCUCCUCAACCGCUCCUGUGUCUCCUCCUCCCAGGCCCCCCAAGAAAGAGGAGAACCCAGAGAAACUGGCCUUCAUGGUGUCCUUGGGCCUGGUAACACACGACCACCUGGAAGAAAUUCAGAGCAAAAGACAGGAGCGUAAGAGGAGAACGACGGCCAACCCGGUGUACAGCGGCGCCGUGUUUGAACCCGAGAGGAAAAAGAGUGCAGUGAGUUACCUGAACAGCCCUCUGCACCAGGGGACCAGGAAGAGAGGUCGUCCACCCAAAUACAGCAGCGUCCCGGACCUGGUCAGCCUCACCCCGACCUCCCCCUCCAGCCCCGUCCAUCCCCUCCCCCUGCCCAGCCCCAGCUCUGGGGAUGGAGACAUCCAUGAGGACUUCUGCACUGUGUGCAGACGCAGUGGCCAGUUGCUCAUGUGCGACACGUGUUCUCGUGUUUAUCACCUGGACUGCCUGGAUCCACCCCUGAAAACCAUUCCUAAAGGCAUGUGGAUCUGUCCAAAAUGCCAAGAUCAGAUCCUGAAGAAAGAAGAAGCCAUUCCCUGGCCCGGCACCCUGGCUAUCGUUCAUUCCUACAUCGCUUACAAAGAAGCUAAAGAAGAGGAGAAGCAGAAGCUGAUGAAGUGGAGCUCAGAGCUGAAACUGGAGCGAGAGCAGCUGGAACAGAGAGUCAAGCAGCUCAGCAACUCCAUAACAAAAUGCAUGGAGACCAAAAACACCAUCCUGGCCCGCCAGAAGGAGAUGCAGCUCUCCCUGGACAAAGUCAAACACCUGAUUCGCCUCAUCCAAGCCUUCAACUUCAACCAGGCUCUGGCAGAGACGGAGGGCAAAGACAUGAGAGUCCCGGACAGGGCUGAGGCCGCGGUCAGCUCUGAAGCUCCGCCCAAAGUCAACUCGGCGGAGAAGGUGAAGGCGGGGAGCUCCUUGGCCAGCGUCAUCACCGAAGGGAGCAAGCCCGAGGAGCACGGAGCCGCGGGGAGCCACCAGACGGGCGGAGACACCUCCGGCCAGCCCGACAGCACAGUCCUAACGGCAGAUAGCGGCACCGGCGUGGGGGCGGACGGAAAGGCGGGGCCGGGGGGAGGGGCUAACACGGGGACUGGUCUCCAGGCGGAGAUCGUAGCCAAGCCUGAGACUGAGGUAGCCGCGGCAACUAAUGUUCCCGCUUCUUCGGCCGUUGCCACCACCAACGGCACAGUCGAGCUAGCCCGUCCCGAUCAGAGCCCCGGCGGAGGCCACGGCGCCAACGCCGCCACCGGCUCUGAAAACAAGACAGCUGCCGUCAACCCCCCAGAGACGCCGGCAGAGAAGAAACAGGAGGAGAUCACCGGAAGCGAUGGCAGCAACACCAACAACAGCAAAACCUCAGAACCCUCCCAGCAUUCUUUGCCAGCUCUCGUCAGCAGUUUGGACAAUAAAAAGUAACGCGGCGUCUCUUCAGUCGGGGAAUUCAAACAUAUAUAUUAAAAAAAAAGACUCUUGCUUGCACCGUGUGGUGCCCUGAAGUUGCCAAUCUGUAUAAAUGUUGUUUGUUUGCAUUGUAUUGUCAGACUGUGUCAAUGGUAGAUAUACAGCCCAAGUCACGUGACUCUGGGAAGACGUAGGCCGUUCCACCCACUGAGCUGGGGUACAGGAAGGCGUGCGCACCAGUGUCAUCAUGCCAAUUAGUGAUAGACGUCAUGGUGGGAAUGCUCAAAGGGAGAUUUAACUCAUCAUCACACCAGUGUGUGCCUGUUACAGUGGCCCCUGUUCCCUGCGAGGUGGGGAGACGGUUCACAUGGGCACGAAGAACGCCGAGAACGUGGAGCCAAACAUCUGUCAGGGGUUACUGGUCUAAAGCAGUGUUGUGAUAAAUGAACCUGUUCGUGCCCUCGUCCCAACGAACUUAAUGUGAACGACCAUGAACCUUAACCAUCCGUCCCGACCUUCCCGAUCGUCCGAUCCUCGCCCGGCCGGCCUCCGGAUCUCUUCGGUGGAGAGAAACCCGUGCGUCCCUUCACCCCUUCACUGUGAAAAGGCUUCAGUUUGCUUCAAACACAGAGUGGUGCCAACCACAGGCGCUGCAGAUGCAAACAGUCCUAGAAAUCUGGAUCACGUCGCAUCUGGGUGUUUUUGAUUGGAAGUCAAACGUAGUGGUCUGUGAAUUACGGUGAACUUUGCAGAGAAAAUGAUGCGUUAGCCAACACCGCUCACGCUGAGCGGCCUAACUUACCUUAACCCAGGUACCCGACAGCUGGGUACAAACAACUGUUGAAGGGAGCGAAAGAUAAAAGGCUGAAAAUGGGAUUUUCAGUCCGUCCUGAUUACCGCUAACAGCUCUGAAAAUCAUACCUUAGACUGAUAACCUUCGAUAUCAGCCAGAGACCUCCUCAGACAUCGUCUUUUUAAAGACGGCGGUUGGCGCUUUGAAGCACGCGGCUGCCUUGAAGGUGACGGGUCUGACUUUCCAGAUGAGACUGAUUGGCAGCAUGUUGGCUCAUCAAACCACACGUGCACCUGGUGGUGUAAACCCGGGCUCACCUGCCCAGGUCCGAGAACAAUACACAACAUUAUUGCAGAAACCUUAAAGGCCUCGGCAUCGUCGCUCUUUUGAAGCACACUGACGCCUUUGGAAAGACUUCCCGAGCGAUCCAUAAUCCCUACAUUAUUCCCACUCGCAGUCACCCGGUAACCAAACGGCCCAUCCUCUCCCCAUCUCCUCCCACCUGAGCUCAGGCAGCAAAGACGCCGAGCGGCGCGUUCGACAGGUACAAAGGACGAGGUCGAACAGGCUCGGUAGCCGAACAGAUGUUUUCAGUGGUGUCGGUCAAGUGUAGUGAUUGAGUUUUCAUUCGUGAGUCAAGUGUGUCAACUGUGAGCACUAAAUGUGAAAUUGCAAUACUGCAAUGUCAACACACACAAACUAUAUCUGGGCUGUGUUUCUUUUUUAUAGGAAAAGAUAUUCAGGUCUUCCUAGUCUUCUUCAGAAUAAGUGCUUUCUGUUCCUGAACCUGCUGGACUGGCAUUAUCCACACACAAAGGAGUCCUCUUUUUGAAGCGGUCGUCUUUGCAUCGUGUGCGUUUCUGUUGAAUCCUGAACUGCCAAAACGACAUACCCAAAUUCAGCAGGGACAAGUCCACUUACUGUAUUGAAAGAUCAAAUCACCGGCGUUGUAAGAUAUUUAGAUGCUACCAUUUCAGAAAUUGGAAGUCCCCAGAUUGAGACAGGAGAGCUUACUAAACAAUAACAUUAAAGGAACUUUUUUCCUUCAAACGGUUUGUCGUACGAAGCUGCUCCUUCCGACGGAUCUCAAAGGACGAUAAUCCUGAGAUUAAAGCACAAGCUUGCUGCAUUACAAAGAAGUGCUGAAGAGCUUUUUGUAUGUUAAUAUGGAAUUAAACAGAGUAUGCAUCUCUUUGUUGUGAUGUGACUUAUCCCCCACAUUGCCAAUAUUUUUCUCGGAGGACACACAAACCUCUGUCUGACGUGCGUAGUUCCUGUUUUUGGGAGGAGCGGCCCGAGAAGCGCCUUCGUCCCCUCGCGGUCAGACACGUGCGUCUCUUUUCUUUCGGUGUGGCCGAAGCACGACGCUGUCAUUUGUGGCUGUCGGUUCAGGUGGGUCUGCUGAGCCGAUCACUGUUGGGAGCGAGGCAACGACGGCGCCUCUGGUUGUGCUGGAAUUUCUGUCGCUUUCUUUCUUCGAGCUGUUUUGGAGCAUCGUUGCCCAGGUUUCAGUCGCCCGGCGGCGUCUUCACCCCUGAGUGCCGACGCCGUUUGUUUUCUGUGAUCGUGCACGUUCGCUGGGACUAGAGCUCUGCUGUGUGAGUGGCUGUGAUACCCUGUAGGUGUGGGGUAGGCCCAGCAGCAGAGGAGGACGAGGAACACGUGAAGGUGGCCGCGUGUUUCAGCCUGUGUUGCUUACUGAUGAAACAUCAGUAGUUGGACUUUCCUGCUAACACCUGUACGGUCUCUGGAGUGCUGAUAGAAGGCGUUUAGCGACGUGCACGUGGCGCUGACCGCAGAGGUGAACACGCUGCAGGGCGACUGCGGGUGACCGUUAACUUCAUAUCACUACGACCAAGUCGGCAUAUCUGACACCCGGUGUUCUCGUAUACAGACUGCCUUCAUUCAGAAGAUCCCACAGAAACGUUUCCAUGCGUUCGGCCGCCGUGUCGCGUUUUAUGCCGUCGGUCUGACGAGCUCGGCCAUUCGAACACAGAUGGGAAAGAAGAGCCAGAAAAAAGAAAAGAAAAAAGGCAACUAAGGUGUCCCCGGGUCCCUCUGAGUAUCAUUCGUUGUGUGUUUCGUUGUUCGUCGGCUGUGUUCACUCAUGGGUAGAGCAGAGUAGUCAUCGAGUCUCAACAAGGUUUUCUUUCAAAGAGCCCGAACUUGUGUUCCAGUCAGACUGGACCUCUCCCUCUGUACAGUAGGUACCUCGAGUGCCUUUCUUCAAACAGCAGAUAAUAUUUGUCUCUUGACUUGCACUGUGACUUGUAGAACCUUACUAACCCCUCCGUAUGACCCUCCGGUCCCCCAUCCCAGGAGCUCCCCCCAAACUCCGGAGCACAAACUCGGUCCCUCCACCUCAGGCUGCCAGUAGUCAAUGCAAGUUAAAUCUACAUUUCAUAUAUGAUGCCGUUUGAAAUCGACCACAUAGUGUUUUGUUGAUGUUUAAUAGAGGAGUUGCCUUAAAUGUGUUUUGUUUUCGUUUUUUUCUGUGAUUAACUUUUCCAUUCGGAGAAAAAAAAACACCUGUGCAGACGCGAAGGUCAGAGGUCGUCUGGUGAGAAGCAGUCGGGGUUUUCCCGGCGAUGAUGAUGAUGACCCGCUCAGAGCUGUGUUGUGAUGCACUUUUUGAUUUGACCAGUAUUAUCGGACCGGGAUCGGUCAGCAACGCAGAGCGCAGGUGUGAAUCCCGGUUCCCCGGAUUUCCUGGCUGGACUCGCGUUCGUUUUAUUUUGAAAGGUCCAUCGUUGCUUCUGCACUGUUCUGGUUCUACUUUGGCUUCAGAUAACGCCCGAGUUUGCUAAAUCAGGUCACAUGAGGCGUCUGGCAUGAUCAAACUUUGACCCGAUUAAGAGCAUAUGUCAGUGCAGCGGCGGCAGCGGAGUGCAUGACUUUUUAUGCAAACUUUGAUAAUAGACGUGUCGAAACGUUUUUUUUGAUAUGCAUCUGCUUUUAUUUUUAUGUUUUCAUGUGAAACUCGAGUCACUUUCUUUUCUUUGGGCGUUCUGGCAGACACGGAUGCCAGAGCGCGCCGUUUAGGUGUUAAACGUUGCAGCGACCAUCUGCGUUCAAAGGGUUUCUUCAGAAUCAGAAGGUUUUUCCAUGGAUGUAUGAAGAAGAACUGGACACCUGUUCUCCACUGACACGCUGCCGUUUGUGGGGCGGUCCUACCGCAGAACGCUUACCGGUGAUUGGUAGAAGUAGCCUGUGGAUUUGGAGUAACGUCACCCCAAGUUCAACCAGCGCUUGGUUCAAACAUGAACGCAGUCGACGGAUUGUGCCCGCCGCUAGUUUCUUUCUGGGAAGUUACCCAACUUUGACCUCAUCAGCACCUUGUCAGUGGAACGCAGGAGGAAGAUCAUCGAAAAAGUAGCCCUAGCUUUGUCCGGCUCCUGGGUUAACAGAGAGAAAUCGCUGCUGUGAUUGGUUCUGCUUUGUUCAAUGACUGUUUGAUUCAUGGCUUGGCUGAGGUUUAGGUGAUGCCGGGCUACAGAGCAGGAGCUCUGUGGGGGAAAGGAGGCAUGCGUUAGGCCUGAGUGUCUGCCCUGCAUCAGCUCUCUGGAUACAUCCAUGGGUUUAGGUUCUUCGUUGUAGUCUUGAUUUGGCUGAUGCGGCGUGCCGACUGUUGGGAUCCCAGCAGAGCUGCGAAGGUUCGGGGAGGAAGGCUCUCUAAAUUGCUUCUCAGUUUCGAUUUCGCCGAGCCGUCCGGGUGAACUUAUCCAAAGAACACUGAGAGCAUACAUUUCGUCUCUGCAUAUCAUACGGAUGUCGUUUUCCUGCGUUGGCAUCGUGCUCGUGGUCACAUUAACCGCUCAUGCAUUCUAAAAAAACAAAAGACUGUGCUGGGGGGUCGUUCCUGCGAGGUAGUUUGCUCCGACUUUUAAGUUGUAUCAGUUUUAAAACGAUCAAGUCAUGAUUGUGGCCUUCUAGUAUUCUGUCGGUACAUGACGUCAUUAAUCUCUCGUGCCCGCCCGCCCAUCUGUCUGGACCCAAACGUACACCUGCAGCUUCUUACCUCAUCCACAGCUGAUUCCAUCGGGGUGUGUUUGAGUGCAAAAAAGAAAAGUUCAAAAAAAGAAAAAACAAAAGUCUUUUUUUAUCUUCCAUUUGGUGAGAUGCAUUGUAGCGAUAUGAAUAAAGAAAAAGUUCACCUGGUGUGCUGAAUAAUGUGUAAAUUGGUAAUUACACAAUCUGAAUAUUUGUAUAAUUGUUUGUAUUUUUUCAUAAUGAUUUUGGAAAGGAAUGUGUUUAUUUUUUUGACUUCUGUUCCAGAUGUGUCUUCUGUUGGCCUGACAUUGUGACUGGUCUGGUGGGAUUCUUACCUCUGUAUUGAGCCUCUUCUGUGAUGAAUUCUUUGUAUGCAGUGUUUAGGAAAUACUGUAGGGAACAUGGGGAGGAGUUGAUAUUAGGAGCAUUUGAUCAAUUUGUAUUUAUUUAUUUUAUCAUUUUGUUAAUAAAUUGUGAAAAGCA